AUGAAGAUGAAAGAUGCAGAACUAUGCACGACAAUCUUCUGCUUCACGUUGUUGAUGUCAUCUACAGUAGCUUGUCGUGCAUUGGAAUACAACAUCACAACGUUUGUUGAGAAUGCGAACGUCAUCGGAAGAUCGAAUAGUUCUUAUCAGCAUGUUAACAUAAGGAAUGCUUCAUUUAACAUGCGAUAUGAACUUUUGGACAAGAACAAGGGGCUUGCGAAUAUCAUAGAGGUGUUAUCUGAAAAUAGUUCAAAAAACAGAGUGGGGCUAGAAACCUACUUUGUUGGAGAUAAAAUAGAACAGAUCUUGCAGGAAGUGCACGCCAUCAAGAAAGAUGUUCAUUCAUUGGAAAUUGAAAACUGCUCUGAGGUAUCCAUGUUUACCAACAAAGAGCACAAAUUCUGUAAAAGAUAUAAACAAGUGUACGUCUAUGCUCUGGAAACAUUGAUGAAGGAUGUGUUCACCCGGCCAGUCAUUAUUGUUGUAGAAGAAGAUCAUUGUGCCCAUUACUUUGCUGACAAACUAGCUCAUGUCACAGAUAAACAACGCCAGGAUGGCUCAAGGCAGGACACAGGUGAACUAUACAUUCACAGGAUUGGUGGUGGUUCCACAAUGAUAGAGGAUAUUCGUACAAUGCUCUAUAAGGCUAUAACAACAUCAACAGCAACAAUCAUUUUGUUAUCCUCGGAUGGUUUGACAGAACUAAUUUUGGCAAGAUCAAAAUCAAUUGCUACCUUGCAAUCAAAUGUGAUUUGGGUGACGCUUGAGUCAAACAUCGAAGAAAGAUUUGUUCCUUCAAUUUUGCUGAAUCUCGAGACCGAUGAAAGUGAUAAUAAUUUGCCAUCAUUAAGUUGGAGCAGCCUAAACUUAUUGAACAUUAAACAGGCAAUGAUAGUUGGAACUAAAGAGAAUCAACUGUCGAACUCGGAUGCCAAGCUGGUGAUUCGGGAUGCAUUCAAUUUGACGCAAAGUGUUUGUCGUACCAAAAAUGACAAAAAACAAACUGUUCUGGUUUCUUUGCGACGAUCGAAUUUCAACUGGUUACCGAUGUAUUCCUGGUCAAAUGAAAAACAAAUAACAUUACUCUCGUUUGAUCCUAAAUUGUCAUGGCUUACAAGAUCAAAAUUUCAUAAAUCACUGUUAAGGGUUGUCACGAUUCUCGAAAAGCCUUUUGUGGCGGUUGUUCCUGAAUACCUUGAUAAGGAGUCGCAGUCGUGUAGUCAAGGUAUUCCUUGUAGGGUUCCACACUCGGUACAUAAUGUUACAAACUGGCAAAGAUCUUGCUGUAUUGGGUUUACAAUGGACCUUCUUGAACGGCUGCAAGACGAUUUGUGGAUCUUGAUAGAUCUUUACGUAGUUGGAGACGGGCUAUACGGGAGUGUUGUUGAUGGAGAAUGGAACGGGAUGGUUGGAGAACUUGUUAAAGGAAAUGCUGAUUUGAUUAUGGCACCUUUAACAACAACUUCAAAAAGAUCUAAUGUCAUUGACUUUGGGGAAACGGUUCUAGAUGUAGCUUUUGCCAUUGUUCUUCUCUCCAAUCAAAAGACUGAGUUUCCAUUCGUCAACCUGAGCUUUGUAGAAAAUAUUGACGGAUCUUUAUUGUUAGUUCUUCUUGCAAUGUUUUUGUUCGGACUUUUCUUCAUUUAUCUCCUAGAAAACACGCUAUUUUUUAAAAGAAACGAGAGCUCAAAGAAGAUUUAUAACUUUAAGGAUGGCUUCUCGUACAUUUCGGGGAUUACAUUUCAAAGAGAUCUUGGUGGAAAGAACCCGAAGAAAAGCUCGGCAAGGAUCAGUUUUGUCGUCUUUGCUUUUGCAAUGGUGAUUGCUAUGUCUACGUACACUGCAACUCUGACUGCUGUAAAAGUCAAACAAGAAGAUCAGGAUGUUUUUCAAGGAAUGAACGACCCAAAGCUACAGAAUCCUACAAGUAAUUUCAAAUUUGCUACAAUCAAAAGCUCAAGCCUUGAGGAAUACUUUAGGUUUUCUACCAAUUCACACUUCCAUAACAUGCACUUAUUCAUGCAUCAAUACAACAGCAAUACAACUGAAGAUGGGAUAAAGAAACUUCUCAAUGGGCAACUUCAAGCUUUUAUCAUGGAAUAUCCCUUGGCCCAAUAUCAUUCUUCCAAACAUAAGAAUUGUAAUCUCCAAGUUGUCACAACUUCAUCAGGGAAAUCUUCGUGGAAUGUCGCAUUCCAACACAGUUCUGCCUGGAAUAGCGUUAUCUCUAAGAAAAUACUGGAGUACAAGGAGCAAGGAUUAAUUUCUGAUGUCUAUAGGAAGUGGAUGCAUAGCAGGUGCACGACUCAAAGUGGAGUUUCAGUAACACAUAAUGAAUUUACAAUAAAACAUUUUGGGGGAUUCAUAGUUAUUCUUAGCGUAUCUUUUAUCAUUUCUUUUGUCAUUCUUUUGUUGGAACACAUUUUUUAUAAGAAAAAGGAGCACACUGAUAGAUAUAAAUUGAAAGCUUAG